AUGGCGCCGUGGACGCUGGCGCGGCUGGAGCGCGUCGUGGAGGGCUUCUCGGCGCAGCUGCAGUGCGCCAUCUGCCUGUGCGCGUACGACAACCCGGUGUCGCUGCCCUGCAACCACUGCUUCUGCGAGGAGUGCAUCCACCGCGCGCUGGAGCUCAAGGCCGUGUGCCCCAUCUGCAAGACGCCGGCCAAGAAGCGGCGGCUGCGCUACGACACGACGGUGCAGGAGCUGCUGCGCGCCACGGAGAUGCUCUGCGCCGCGCCCGACGCGUCGGCAGCGCCAGCCGCGGAGGCGCCAGCGCCC